AUGGAUUUCCGAGCAGGAGACUCUUGGGGGAUCUUUGCCUUUUUGUGUGCCGCACUCUGCAAUCUGCCGGCGGUGCCCGCGCUGAACGGCACGGAGGAGCUGGGUGCUGGCCAGUCCAUCCAGAAGACCUACGACCUGACCCGCUAUCUGGAACACCAGCUCCGCACCCUUGCCGGCACUUAUCUGAACUACCUGGGCCCGCCCUUCAAUGAGCCCGACUUCAACCCCCCGCGGCUGGCGCGGGCUGAGCGGGUGCCCAGCGCCACGGUGGACUUGGACCUGUGGCGGGGCCUGACGGACAAUGCGCGCCUGGCAGCCAACUACCGGGCCUACAGCCGCCUGCUGAAAUAUCUGCGUGGCCUGGACGGCCAGGUGGGCACGGUGGAGCUGCGCCAUCGCCUCGGCCACUUCUGCUCCAGCCUGCAGGGCCUGGUGCUCAGCAUCGCCGGCGUCAUGUCUUCCCUGGGCUACCCGCUGCCCGCCGGCCCCGCCGGACCCCCGCCCUCCUCUGGCACCCCUGCAGCCCCCAACGACUUUCUGAAGAAGAUGGAUGACUUCUGGCUGCUGAAGGAGCUGCAGACGUGGCUGUGGCGCUCGGCCAAGGACUUCAAUCGCCUCAAGAAGAAGGUGCCGCCAGCCGUGGUCACACUGCGCAUCGAGGCCAGGGGCUUCUGAGGGCCCCCGCCCUGCUGAGGGCAUCCCCACAGCAGUGGCCGCACACAUGUCACCACUUGGCCUUCAUGGAUGGGGAUCGCUUUAGUGCCACCGAAGCCACCAUCACCACUUGGCCUUAACAGAUGGGGAUCCUGACCCCAGAGUGCUACCAAAGUCACCCCACAUAUUCCUCACCACCUCACUGUGCCUUGAGAGAUGGAGUUCCCGAUCCCAAAAUGCCACCAAAACUACUCCAAGUCCCCUCCGUCACCACUGUGUGUUAAGGGACAGGUCUUCUCAUCGUAAAGUGACACCAAACCCACUCCACAUCCCCACUGUCGCCACUGAUUUAACAGGUGGGGCUCCAGACUCUGAAGUGCCACCAAAGCCACGCCAUGCCUUUUCUAUCCCCGGAGUGUCAUCAAAGCCACCCCACAUCCCCAGCAUCACCACUGUUCAUUAAGGGACAGGUCUUCUGAUCCCAGAGUGCCAUCGUAGCUUUCCCACGUCACCACUGUGCCUUAACAGAUGGUCUGUCUGUCCCAAAGGGCCAUCAGAACCACCCUAAAUACGUACCAUCAUAUUGCCGUGCCUUGACAGAUGGGAUUCCCACUUCACCAAAGUGCCACUGAAGCCACUCCAUGUCCCCACCAUCACCUCUAGGUCUCAAGGGAUGGUGAUCUUGAUCCCAAAAUGCCACCAAAGCUACCCGGCAUCCCCCCGUCACCACCGUGCCUUAAUGGGGCUCCUGACCACAAAAUCCUGAGGGACAGAGCUCGCAGACCCACAGACCUCCCCACAUCGCCCCGCAGUACCUUAAGGGACAGGCACUCGGCCCCAGAGGGUUCCCAUGGUGUCUCAUCACCCUGCCGUGCCUCGGGGGACGGCCUCCUGCCCCCAACUGC